GGAGAGGAGGAGGAGCGGGGGAGGGAGAGCGCGCGCUCGUGCUUGGCCCCGCCCCUUCACUCCUCUUCCCUUUCCCCCUCCCAGCCCCCCCUCCCCUCUAUUUCAGGGCGCAUGAGAGAUGUCUGCCACUAGCGUUGACCCCCAGAGAGCGAAAGGUCAGGAUAAUAAAGUGCAAAAUGGUUCACUUCAUCAGAAGGAUACAGUGCAUGACAAUGAUUUUGAGCCUUAUCUUUCUGGACAGUCAAAUCAGAGCAACAGCUAUCCAUCAAUGACCGAUCCCUACUUGUCCAGUUAUUAUCCACCUUCUAUUAGCUUUCCCUACUCUCUGAGUGAAGCUCCCUGGUCAACCGGAGGAGACCCUCCUAUCCCAUACCUUACACCCUAUGGACAGCUGAGUAAUGGCGAUCAUCACUUCAUGCACGAUGCUGUGUUUGGACAGCCUGGCGGACUGGGGAACAACAUUUAUCCACACCGGUUUAAUUUUUUCCCUGAAAACCCUCCUUUCUCAGCAUGGGGAACGAGUGGCUCUCAGGGGCAGCAGACCCAGAACUCGGCUUACGGAAGCAGUUACAGUUACCCACCUAGCUCCCUUGGGGGUACGAUUGUGGACGGGCAAACGGGAUUUCAUAACGAUACUUUGAAUAAAGCGCCCGGAAUGAAUAGCAUCGAACAGGGAAUGGUUGGACUGAAGAUCGGCGGGGACGUCACGGCUUCUGCCGUGAAAACCGUAGGCUCGGUGGUAAACAGUGCUGGGAUGGCGAAUGCAUUGUCCGGCAAUGGCGGAUCGAAUCUCAACCUGCCAGUAUCAAAGCCAACCUCUUGGGCCGCUAUUGCUAGCAAACCUGCAAAGCCCCAACCCAAAAUGAAAGUGAAAAGCGGGCCUGUAAUAGGAGGGGCUUUGCCUCCGCCGCCUAUCAAACAUAACAUGGACAUAGGUACUUGGGACAAUAAAGGCCCCAUGCCCAAAAUCCCGACUCCUCAACAACCGAUCCCUUCUCCUCAGUCCAUCCCACAGCCACAGAUCAUUCAGCCAAUUCCAGCCCAGCCGCCCCCGCUGACCCAGCUGCCCUACCAGAACCCUCAGCCGCCGCCCCCUCAAAACCGAUGGGUGGCACCCCGCAACCGCAAUGCAGCUUUUGGCCAAAGCGUAGGAACCGGUAAUGAAAGCAACCCACCCGGGAAUACUCCAGCGAACACCAUCCCUAGUGGAGGAGGAGCCGGCAGCGAGUCCCACCCCGUUCUCGAAAAACUGAAGGCUGCUCACAGUUACAACCCCAAGGAUUUCGAGUGGAACCUCAAAAACGGACGCAUAUUCAUCAUCAAGAGUUACUCCGAGGACGAUAUCCACCGUUCCAUCAAAUACUCCAUUUGGUGUAGCACAGAACAUGGCAACAAACGUUUGGACAGCGCGUUCCGCUCGAUGAAUAGUAAAGGCCCGGUCUAUUUACUCUUCAGCGUCAACGGCAGUGGACAUUUUUGUGGCGUAGCAGAAAUGAAGUCGUCGGUGGACUACGGCACCAGUGCCGGCGUGUGGUCCCAGGACAAAUGGAAGGGGAAGUUUGACGUCAAGUGGAUCUUUGUGAAAGAUGUUCCCAACAACCAGCUUCGACACAUCAGGCUGGAGAACAAUGACAACAAGCCAGUGACAAACUCCCGUGACACUCAGGAGGUGCCCUUAGAAAAAGCGAAGCAAGUGCUUAAAAUUAUUGCUAUGUACAAGCACACGACCUCCAUCUUCGAUGACUUUUCCCAUUACGAAAAGCGCCAGGAGGAGGAAGAAGUGGUACGAAAGGAACGUCAGAAUCAAAAUAAACAAUAAGAAUAAGCAUAUAUGGUUUGCUAUAUAUAUAUACAUAUCUAUAUAUAUAUAUAUAUACAUACUAGAACUGAUAUUAAAUUUGAUUAUGAAAAAUUGAAUCUUUUUUUAAAAAUGCCUUGGUGCUGUGUAUUCUGGCAUCAGGAGAUUAUAAAGCUUUCAGCUCCACUAUCUCUUUUUUGCAGGGGAAAUUCAAAUCUUGCAUCUUUUAAGUACACUGUAGUGGGAGGGGUUGGGUUUUGUUUUUUGUUUUUUGUUUGCCCAGCUGAAUAUGCAUUAAGUUGUAAUCUUUUCUAUGUAAAAUGCUGUAGAAUCCAUUAAUAAAGAUAUUUCUUGUUUUUUUUUUUAAAAAAAAUUUAAGUUGGUUAAACAAGUUUAUCCACAACUGAAGAUUUUGAAAAUAUUAGCCUUUUUCCAAAGACUUUUAAUUGCGGCACAAAUUAUGUUUCUAAACAAUAAACGUCAUUGCUUUUAUAUUUAUGUACCACAGAUCCCCUUGUCUCACCAUUCCCACAGUCAGUUUCAUUCUUAUGGCAAGUAGAAACAAAAAUACCAGUUUGUUUUGUAUUUUUUUUUUAGAAAUAACCUGUGUCAAAAGUAUUGACAUUUAAUUUAGCAAGCUCGGGUUAUUUUAUGAAGUUCAAUUUUAUCUGUCACAUUCGUUAUUUUUAAAACAUUUUUUUUUUUAAAGUAUACUUCUGCCUUCCUUACAGAAAAUCAAAAAGGCGUAAUUCACUGGGGCAAUUUCACAUGCAAGAAGUAUAAAUGGGAUUUCACACAAAUACAAUUGUACAUUUUCAUCAUUUGCAGUUAUUUUUUUGUGGAUAUUGCAUGAGAAAUAUUCCUCAUGGAUUGUACUUUACGUCUUAAAUUAUUUUGUCUAUAAUUGGUGAACUUUAGUGAACAUCUGCGUUGUAUCAUAUCUUGCAAGAAAAAGCUGACAAGUUUCCUACCAUAAUUUUUUGCUUUUAUCUGUAGCUUUUAAUCAUUUUAAAUAUAUGUUCAACAUUGCAGGGGCUUGGGCAAAACGUGGCUUUUAAUUUCCCCCUGCUUUUUAAUAUUAUUAAAUUCAUUACUUUUAAUCUCUCCCCCCCCUUUUUUCCCCCACUCACCCUCUCAAGGAAGACACUUAAGAUUUUAUACUAAUAAUGGUGAGCUUUAAUCUCGAAUCUUAGUUCAGACUCAUACGAUGGAUUAUGCUUCAGAUGUUUAAAAUUGAUUGUGUGUGCGUGUGCCUAUUUCUUCUGUUGGAUGAGUAAAAAAAAAAAAA